UACCUAUGAAUAUUAAUUUUUAAUAUUUUCAAAUUAUUAUGGUAAUUCAAUUUUUUUAAAUUUUCAUCGAUAUUUUGCUUUGAAUGCAUUGAUAAAUUUUAUAUUAUUAACUCCAAAACUCGAGUCAUCGACUAUCAACAGAUCAAUAGUAACGACUGCUUGUAAUUUCUGUUGAUUCUUGGAAUGGAGUGUUCAGAGAUGAGUGGGAUGACCAAUUUUUGUUUGGAAUGGUUUAUUUUGUUUACUGCCGUUUUAUAGAAAUAAAUAUGAAAUGUCCCCAAAACGUAGAUGACCGAGACGAGCUGUUGUCAUAAUGAAGUGUGUUAUACCCAGACAGAAUUUGAAAAUUCUGUCGCGGGCAUUGAACACAAUGUGUCGCAUUGGGGAAGAUUUGUAUAUUGAGCCCAAUUCAUCACAAUUAGUCAUGCAUACUACCAAUAGUUGGCAUACCGUAUAUGCAUGGUUUACGUUUGAUUCGUCAUUUUUUUCUAGUUAUUAUUUUACUGAAGACGACGAACAAAACAGUGAAAAUUCAUUAAAAUGUAAAAUAUCUCUCAAGUCAUGUAUUACGAUAUUCAAAUCUCCACAUUUAUCCCGCUGCUUGGAGUCAUGUCAUAUUGAAAUUAAAAGUAAUGCAGAUACAAUAACUAUUCAGUUACGCUAUUCAAAUUUUUGUGUUAAAACUCAUUUGAUACCAGUUCUAGAAUACUCAGCAUUACAAGUGAAUCAAAAUGUCGAUACCAGUCAUACACUUUGUAUUGACUCCAAGGUGUUGUCAGCUGCUGUUAAACAUUUCCAAAACAGUGAAACUGACAUUACAUUGAUUGUGACUACAGAAAAAGUGAUAUUAAAAACCCAUUCAGAAUCUUGUCGAGAUAUAAGACAAAUGUUAAGAACUGAAUUGAACUUGCAGUCAUCAGAAUUUGACGUUUAUGAUGUUGGCAAAGGUUGCUGUUUAACAUUUUCUCUUAAAGAAAUACGACCCCUGUUGGCCUUUGCAGAGCACAUGACAUUACCAGUUAUUAUUCGCUUUAGUUCUCCCGGAAUGCCUAUGGUAUUUGGACUUAAGAAUGGUUUAACAUUUGAAAGCCAGUACAUAUUAUCUACAAUGAAUGAUAAUGCACUAUCCGGAGAUGCUAAUUCCAUACGAUUAAAUAUUAAUGCCAUAGAAAACACUCAGAGUAGUAAUGGUCAAUCAGAAAAUUUAUUACCAUGUACAAAUCGAAGCCAAAUAGUGAAUUCUAGUUUACGAACGCCAAUGCGAGUACAAGUUGAGUAUCCGGAUAGUAUUUCUAGAAAACGCAAACAUCAAUCAACUAAUCAACAACCAUCAAAAAUAGCCCAUUCAGUCAAUUCUAUUUCAGUAAUUGAGCAGUUUAGAGAAGAAUGUAUAGAAGAAGAUAUUUUAUUAUCUCAAGUUCCUGACUUCCAUGUCAAUAAUGAACCAAUUAAAGCAUUUGUCAACAAGAAUAGUAAUUUAACACAAGAAUUUUCUGAAACGGCACUUGUAUUUGCCAGAUGUCAUUCGUUGUCUAUCAGAAAUUCUCCUAUUAAAGGAAAGGGAAAAGUGCUAGUGUAUGAUUCAGAUGGACUUGUAGAUGAUUCUGAUUAAUUAUUGUACCUAUUAAAUUGUUAAGAAACAAACUUAAAUAUAUUAAUUUGUUUAUUGACUGCUCAAGUCUUAUGUUAAAAAAUAUGUUAAAUAAACUGAAAAAAUAU